AUGUCUGAUAAUAGAAGACGUAGACGUGAAACCGAAGAAGAAUCAGAUUCUGAAAAUGAGUUCCCACCUUCUUCACCACAGCAACCAGAUAGAGAUGUCUACAACACCGUUUCAUCUCCAAUCGGUGUUCCUGGGGACGAAAUGAUAAACCCUGAGGGUGAUGAUAACGAGAUAGCGGAAAUUCAGGACAUUGAUGACGCUGAAGAACAAAUGAAUGAGGUUGAUUUGAUGGGUGACGACAUGUAUCGCGAUUACGGCUCUGACCCAACUAAAGAUACAUAUGACACAGCUCAAAUUGAUGAUAGAGAUCAAACUGAACUAUCAUUGGGAGAACGUCGUCGUAUUGAUGCCCAAUUACAAGAAAGAGAUAGAUUGUUGAAGAAUCCUGCUUACAUGGAUGAAGAUGAGGAAGAUGAAAAUGCCAAUCAAUUAGACGAAAUGGGUUUACCUAUUCAAAAACGUAGACGUAGAAGAGAGUAUGACACAUAUGAAAACAGUGAUGAUGAUCUUUUAGAUGAUAUGGUCGUAGAUCCCUUAUCCGAGGAAUUAAGUUUAGAAUCUCUAAGUAACGUGAAAGCCGCUAGUUAUUCGGAAUGGAUUAUUCAACCUAAUGUAGCAAGAACAAUUGCCAGAGAACUGAAAAGUUUUUUACUAGAAUAUACCGAUGAAACAGGUAGAUCUGUGUAUGGUGCACGUAUUAGAACUCUGGGUGAAAUGAACUCCGAAUCUUUAGAAGUAAAUUAUAGGCACUUGGCAGAAUCUAAGGCUAUCCUAGCGUUAUUUCUGGCAAAAUGUCCGGAAGAGAUGUUGAAAAUCUUUGAUUCGGUUGCUAUGGAGGCCACUGAAUUGCAUUAUCCAGAUUACGCUAGAAUUCAUUCAGAGAUCCACGUUAGAAUAUCGGACUUCCCAACAGUAUUCAGUCUACGUGAAUUACGUGAAUCUAACUUGGGUUCAUUGAUUCGUGUUACUGGUGUCGUAACUAGAAGAACCGGUGUCUUCCCUCAAUUAAAAUAUAUUAAAUUUAACUGUUUGAAGUGUGGUACAGUAUUAGGUCCAUUUUUUCAAGACUCUAAUGAAGAGAUGAAGAUUUCAUUCUGUACAAACUGUAAAUCUAAAGGUCCAUUUGCUAUUAAUGGUGAGAAGACUGUGUAUCGUAAUUAUCAAAGAAUUACACUCCAAGAAGCUCCAGGGACUGUCCUUGCUGGUCGUUUACCAAGACACAGAGAGGUAAUUUUAUUAGCCGAUUUGGUUGAUAUUGCCAAGCCUGGUGAAGAAGUUGAAGUUACAGGUAUUUACAAAAACAGUUAUGAUGGCAGUUUAAAUGCCAAAAAUGGUUUCCCAGUUUUUGCCACUAUUAUAGAAGCCAAUUCUGUUAAGAGAAGAGAAGGUAAUUCUUCAAACCCAUCUGAGGAAGGUCUUGAUGUAUUCGGUUGGACCGAAGAAGAAGAACGUGAAUUUAGAAAAUUGUCCAGAGAUCGUGGUAUCAUUGAUAAAAUCAUAUCUUCUAUGGCUCCAUCCAUUUAUGGUCACAGAGAUAUCAAAACUGCUGUUGCGUGUUCACUAUUCGGUGGUGUACCUAAAAAUGUGAACGGGAAGCAUGCAAUUCGUGGUGAUAUCAAUGUAUUACUAUUAGGUGAUCCAGGUACAGCUAAAUCUCAAAUUCUAAAAUAUGUUGAAAAGACAGCACAUAGAGCUGUCUUUGCUACAGGUCAAGGUGCAUCCGCAGUUGGUUUAACGGCUUCCGUUAGAAAAGAUCCAAUAACAAGAGAAUGGACUUUAGAAGGUGGUGCAUUAGUACUUGCUGAUAAAGGUGUUUGUUUAAUCGAUGAAUUUGAUAAAAUGAAUGAUCAGGAUCGUACAUCUAUUCAUGAAGCCAUGGAACAACAAAGUAUAUCCAUCUCCAAGGCUGGUAUUGUUACGUCAUUACAGGCUCGUUGUUCUAUUAUUGCUGCUGCUAAUCCAAAUGGUGGUCGUUAUAACUCUACUCUGCCAUUAGCUCAGAAUAUUGGUUUAACCGAACCUAUCUUGUCCAGAUUUGAUAUCCUUUGUGUGGUUAGAGAUUUGGUUGAUGAAGAAGCAGAUGAAAGAUUAGCUAAAUUUGUCGUCGGAUCUCAUAUUAGAUCUCACCCAGAAAAUGAAGAAAAUCUAGCUGAAGCAAACGAAGGUGAAAAAAAGGAAGAAGAUGCAAUGGAUGAGGACGAGGCUAUAUCGGCUAGACAAAGAAGAUUAAACGUACAGAAGAAAUUGGAAGAAGAAAUUUCACCUAUAUCCCAGGAGAUUCUAAUGAAAUAUAUUCACUAUGCAAGAACAAAGAUAUAUCCUAAAUUACAUCAGAUGGAUAUGGAUAAAGUUAGUAGGGUGUAUGCUGACUUGAGAAGAGAAAGUAUUACGACUGGUUCAUUCCCAAUUACUGUUCGUCAUUUGGAAUCUAUAUUGAGAAUUGCAGAAUCUUUUGCUAAGAUGAGACUUUCAGAAUUCGUUUCAGCAUGGGAUUUGGAUAGAGCCAUUAAAGUUGUAGUUGAUUCAUUUGUAGACGCACAAAAGAUCAGUGUUCGUCGCCAACUUCGUAGAUCUUUUGCCAUAUAUACAAUGGAUCACAAGAAUUAG